AUGGUGCGACUGCUACUGCGCAUGAAGGCGGACCUCGAGAACGUCGAGUCAAUUGAGUUCCCAACAGAAUACACCUGGAACGUCGAUGUCACUCAAAUGGGCGGCACAGAGGAGCGAAAGGGAGUAACUUUUUCGGCUGCAGAGGAAUUCGAUAUCCCCAAUAGCAGAGGAACAGCAAAUCUGAUAAUUAGAUUUGAUGGUAGCAAGCACUCGGCCACCAUAAAUGUGGAACAGGUAAAAGGAGUCACCCGGCCGUACACCGCAGCCGACAGCGGCCAGUUCGUUCCCAUUGUCGCAUUUGAGUGCAGAGGCAUGGAGCCGACAAAGUGGACACCUACAGCUGGAUGCAUAGUCAAAGGCUCCAAAACCUCCUUUAGCGACGCUGAUCUCGCGGAGGACUGGGCCGAGUUCGACGAGGCCGCAAAUGCAAGCGUUGGCAUCUACGACGUGGAGUUCGACUUUGUCGUCCACAAGGGCUAA